GCCGGAUCAAAGUUUCAAUACGACGAGAGCGGCGGCACAUUCUUCUACUUCUUGUUGUCCUUCUUGGCUCUGGUAGUGAUUCCCUGCACUUACUAUUUCUGGCCUAAAGACCGCAAGAAAGAAGACAAUAAGAGGGACCGAAAACAAUGUCAUUGCGAACAAUGCGCACAGAAAGAGCAUUAUCUCCGAAAUCGGGAACCGCUUCGUAAAGUCAAGCGACGAGUCAUACGAUUAGGAACCUACCUAUCGCGACAAGCGCACGCGGAUGUUUCACCGUGUAGACUGGGCUCGUCAACGGCUGAGAUCAAGAAGGCGUACAGACGGCUGAGUCUUGUCUACCAUCCGGACAAAGAGACCGGCGAUGAGAGGAAGUUCUUGAAAAUAGCGAAGGCUUACGCGGCGCUGACCGACGAGGAGGCGCGCAAGAACUGGGAGACGUACGGCAAUCCGGACGGUCCCGGAGCCAUGUCUUUCGGUAUAGCGCUUCCGUCGUGGAUCGUCGAGAAGGAGAACUCGUUUCUGGUGCUCGGCUUAUAUGCGCUCGUCUUUAUGAUCGCACUGCCCGUUGCGGUCGGCGUUUGGUGGUAUCGGUCCGUGAAGUACGGCGGCGAUCAGGUCCUGUUGGACACCACUCAGCUCUACUACUACUUCAUCCAUAAGACACCGCACAUGCCGUUGAAGAGAGUGCUUAUGGUGUUGGCCUCGAGUCUGGAGUUUGAGCGCAACCACAACAGCGAAGUGGUUGAGCGGCCGUCGGAUAACGAAGAAGUGCCACAUCUGAUGAAACUGUUGCCCAAUUUGGGUGAGAAGAAUAAGGAGCGACCGCUUUGUUUCACGUAUAGCAUCAAAGCCCGAGCCCUACUUCACGCCCACUUGAGUCGUAUGAAUCUACCGCCCAAUUCACUCGAUAUCGACAAACUAUAUGUGGUCUGGAAGUGUCCGUAUCUGCUCCAGGAGUUUGUUCAGUGUGUGUCACAGUUAACAAUGUUAGCACUGGCCGGACGUAUUGCCCGCACACCCAGUCUCGACACAUUGGAGUACACGAUGAAGUUGAGCGCUCUGGUAGUGCAGGCACUCUGGGACUCGAAGAACUCGCUCUUACAGUUACCUCACGUGUCGGAAGACAUGUUAAGACAUUUCACGACUCGUAAGCGAAACGUACGAAAUAUACGACAGUUGGCGGGUAUGAAGUCAGACGAACGGCGAUCGAUGUUAAGGAGUUUGAGUGACGAACAGUACGAGAAUGUAAUGAAUGUCAUCUCAAAAAUGCCUUUACUUGAGAUCGAUGUCAGAUCUGAAGUGCUCGACGACGAAGACGCCGGUAUUAUCACCGCCGGCGCUAUCGUUACGGUCACUGUUAGUCUCUGUCGACAAAAUAUGUCGGUUCUGUUCGACAAAGAGUUUAUUGAAGAGAAGAGUUGUAUUGAUAACGAAGAAGACAAUGAAGAGAAGGAGAAUCUGGCGAUCGGAGAGUCGGGAGAUAAGGGACAGACCAAUGAUGCGAACGUGAAAAAGCCUAAGGCGUGGGAAAAGCAGACAAAAGGCAAAAAGAAAGGACAGAAAAACGCCAAAACCAAGAAAACGCCCAAAACUGCUGCCAUCAAAAAGAUGACACAAAACCAGAACCAACAGAAAGAAAAUACCACUGAAGCCAACAGCCAAGUGGUCGCCGUCAAGAAAACUAAAGCACCAAAAGAGUCGGACGGAGAGAGCGAUGAAGAGGGCAGUGAAAGAGGAUCCGAUGAUAAUAGCGAUUCCGAUGUGGAAGAGUUGGAACAAAAGGUUAAAGCGAAUGAAGACGUGAGCGAACACGAAGAGGACGACAAUUGGGAUGACUUCCAGACAAACGUAUCGAAAAAGAAGGAGCCGUUGGAGGGGAAGUCAAAGUUGUCGCACUCAGUCCACUGUCCGUACUUUCCUGAAGACAAACAGGAGUAUUGGUGGAUAUAUCUGUCCGAUAAGAAACGCCACGCAUUGAUAUCAGCGCCAUAUCUGAUGACAAAUCUCGUGGACAAAGAGGAAGUGGAGCUCAAGUUUACAGCGCCUCAAAAGCCGGGCCAAUACACCUAUUCUGUGAUCGUUCGCAGCGAUUCUUAUGUCGACUUUGAUAUUUCCAAAACCAUUAAGUUGGACGUAAAAGAGGCGCCAAAACAAACAGAAAGUCACCCGCAAUGGGAUAUAUCCGAAGACGAAGAGGAGGUCAACAAAGACGAGGACAGCGCUGUCGAGGACUCGGAUUUAGUUAACAGUACCGACGAAAGCGACGAUGAAUUAGACGAU